UUUUGAAUUACUGCUGUCUGUACCAGAGAGUGAGUUACCUUCGGAGGUAUGGCUCCAGUUUCAGCAGUCUAUUCAGGAAUCACAUGAUGCCCUGUUGGAAUUUGGCAAUGAUGACCUGCAGUCUUUGGUUGAUAUUACCAGGGAAGGUGGUGUCUGGAAAAAUCCGGUUCUCCUUGGCAUUCUUUCUCAGAAUAAGCAGAUGCCUGAAGAAGUUACUAAAUUUAUUUUGCAAGAAGGGCCUUCAUUCCUUCAGAUGCGAAUAAAGCACUUAAUGAAAGCCGGCUGCUUUGAACAAGCUAUGUUACUGUCUAAAGCAUGCACUGAAUCUGUAGAGAAUGAAAGCAAGCCUACUUUCCAGCAGGCAUACAUCACAUGCUUGUGCAACAUGUUACCCAGUGAAGAGGCAAUUAAGGAAAUCUCACAGGUGGAGAGCAAACAAGUCCUGGACAUCAUCUGUAACUUGGAAGCAGAAGGGCAAGAGAGCACAGCUUUCAUACUGUGUACAACAUAUCUCACUCAGCAGCUUCAGAAUGGAGAUUCAGAUUGCUCUUGGGAACUGACACUCUUUUGGAGCAAGUUACAGAGGAGAAUGGAUCCUUCCAUAGAAUCUUUUCUGGAACGUUGUAGACAGUUUGGACAAAUUGCCAAGACAGUACCACAUCUGUUUUUUCUUCUGAAGGUUAUUCAGGCCGAAGCGGAAGAUGCUGGUCUGGCAGCCUCAAUUUGGCUUUGUGUUAGAGCACUUCAGAUUCAGUCAAGUAGUGAUGCUGAAAUGAAGACAUCAGUUUGCAAAACAAUUGCAUGUCUAUUGUCUGAAGACCUGGAAGUUAAAAGAGCUUGUCAACUUACUGAAUUUUUACUUAAUCCUUCCACAGAAGUAUAUAACUCUUUAGAAGAGCUUUACUUAAUACCAGAUAGAAAAUAUGAUGAAGAAAAUGCAUUAAUUCCUAAUUCAUUGCGUUGUGAACUACUGUUGGCUUUAAAAGCACAUUGGCCAUUUGAUCCUGAGUUCUGGGACUGGAAAACUCUAAAGCGACAUUGUCUUAAACUGCUGGGUGUUGAGCCACAUGAACAGUCUGACAGUGACCAGAACAGUCAUGAUGUAAGCGAAUCCAAACUUUUACAAGAACUUCUUAGUGAAAAGGAGCCUGCUACAGAACAGUCUGAGACAGAUGUGAAAACAUGUGAUACCACAGAUCAGCCAGAGAGAAUAAGGAAGGCAAUAGGAACAUCUAAAAGGUAUCAGCGGUGGCUUCAGUACAAGUUUUUUUGUCUUAUGUGUCAAAGAGAAGUGAUAGAGGCUAGAAUAUUGCAUCAUUCUAAAAUGCAUAUUAAAGAUGGAGUUUAUACUUGCCCAGUCUGUGUUAAAAACUUUUUUAAAAAGGAAGUUUUUGUCCCACAUGUAAUGGAGCAUGUUAAGAUGCCUCCAAAUAGACCUUGUCCAAGAAAGAAGGUCUUGCCUAAAAAACCACGGAGGUUUCAGAGAUGUUCAAGACGUAGGAAGGUCAUUCAAGAGCCUGUGGAAGAAGCAACUGUUGAAGCUGAAGAUUAUAUCACCUUCAGCCAUAUUGAAAAUAAUUUUCAGUUACAAGGUCAUGAUAGUUAUCCAUGCCCUGCAACAGAUUGUACAAGAGUUUUAAAACAGUUUAAAUAUGUAAGUAUUCAUCUAAAAAAUGACCACAAAGCCAGUGAUGAAAACGCAAGGCACUACCUAGAAAUGAAGAACAGAAGAGAGAAGUGUUCAUAUUGUAGACGCCAUUUUAUGACUGCUUUCCAUCUGCGUCAGCAUCAAGUCAUUCAUGUUGGACCUAAUCCAUAUAUGUGCAUUUCCUUGGGUUGUGAUGCCAGAUUUGACUCCGUUAAUGAACUUCUCAGCCACAAGCAGAAUGAUCAUGAUGAGUUGCAUUAUAAGUGUGAGCUAAAAGACUGUGAUCUUAUUUUUGGUGAUUUAGGGCAGCUUUAUCAUCAUGAAGCUCAGCAUUUCAGAGAUGCAUCUUAUGCAUGCACUUUCCUUGGUUGCCGAAAAUUCUACUUCUCUAAAAGGGAAUAUCAGAGUCAUAUUUUAACACAUGAAGAACCUACAGUUAAUUCAGGUGACUAUGUGCAGAAACUUGGUUUAAGCGAAACAGAGCAGUCUGAACAAAAACUUAAUACCAGCUAUUGUAAUCCUCCACUUCAGGCCCAGCCUCUCCCUCAAGUAAAUUGUAGGGUGCCUGAUGAGCUUGAUCUAAGUGUCACCAAACAAAAAGCCUCUGACUUCUUAACUGACAACAUUGCUGAAAGUAAUGUUGGUGAGCUUUUUGCCUCUCAGAAGUUGAUGGCACUGUGUUUGCCUAAAGAAGAAAUUAAAGCAGUAUCUGAACCAUCUGAAGAGAAAAGGCUCCCAGGCCGAAACAUGAAACGUAUAGUUCGAUAUGGUAGGAAAAGUACUGCUACAGUAAGUGCUUGCUUUGAUGGCAAAAAAUUCACCUGUGGGUAUGAAAAUUGUGGUAUAGUGUUCAGACGAGCAAGAGACAUGCAGAAACAUAUCCAGAUGUCUCACAGGCAUUUCAAAUCCAGAAGGCGUGCAGGUAUGCCAGUAAGAGAGAAGGGGCGUUCCAUUCAAAGAACCAGUCGAAGGAACGUUAGAAGAACUUCAUCCAAGUCUGAUUUUCAGGAAAGCAGUUUAAAAUUUAGUAGAAAUUCAACUGAAGAGUCUAGUUACAAUUCUGAUAGUGGGUCUUGCCAUCGACUUGCCUGCAGUACAACCUCUGUGUCAAAGAGUGCUAAUAUUGAAGAUGUUGUGAUGGAAUUACUUCUUGGUAUACAGCAGUUAAGUCUAAAUAAUGUUUGUAGUUCAGAUUCUUCCACUUCAGUAAGUAAAAGAUUCUCAGUCGCAUCAAAAACAAAUCGCGCUAAUACUUCAAGAAGUUUGUCUGCCAAUGUAAGGAAAUGUACUUCUCGACAGCAGAAGCGGGACAAGGUUCCUAAUCCUGCUGAGCAGGAAAAACCAUUUUUCUGCCAGCAUCCAGGAUGCCAAUAUGCAACUGUGACCAGAGAAACUUUACGUGUUCACUACAUCAGGAAGCACAAUUACCAGAAUGAAAGAAUUCGUCAGUUGGAAAUGUUCCGCUGCAAGUUUUCUCCAUUUCAGUGUCACAUUUGCAAAAAAACAUUUACAAGAACAGCUCAUCUUCGAAUUCAUUACAAGAACAAGCAUCAUAUGAAAAAUGAUGAGGUGUUGAAUAUGAAUUUCACAGUUCUAAAGUUUGGUGAAUGCUCUGCAGUACCAAAAUCAUCUGUGAGACGGAGAUUAAAACCAAGGUCUGGGAACCGCACCAGUCCUGCGCAAGUUUGUAAUAGUGGUGGUGCUAAUACUGAAAACCAAGAAAAAUAUCAACCUCGUAAUAUUAAGAAUAUUGAUAGUGAGACUGAUACAGUCAGUGAGGUAUCUUCUGAGGAGCUGGUUAACAGUUUAGCUGUAAAACCUGCUGUAGUUUCAACGUUGGAAAAUCAAGAGGAUCAGGAAGCAAGAGAAGGAAGAGGAAGCAAGAGGACUGUUGCCAGAGGAAAUUUAUGCUAUAUGCUGGACAGAUAUCAUAAGCCCUUCCAUUGCAUUCACAAAGGCUGCAACUCUUCUUUUACUAACCAGAAGGGGCUGAUUCGUCAUUAUAGGUCUGUGCACAUGUACAACAGAGAGCAGCUCUGUUUGGAGGAAGAUAGUACUGAAACAAAGAAGGACCUUGUUAAAUCCAAAAGAAUGUUGACAUGUAAAUAUAAAGAUUGUAACAAACGCUUUUUAUGUGCAAAAGCUCUUGCUAGGCAUUACAUAGAGUUCCAUUGUCUUGAUUAUGGACAAGUAGAAGAGAUGAUCACCCUGGGUGCAACAGCAAAAUUUGCUUGUAGUAGCCCAGGUUGUACAUCCAGCUUUUAUACCAACAGCAGCCUAAAGCGUCACUUGCUGUAUGUCCAUAAUAGUGGUGACAGUGUAAGAACUAAUGAAAAUGUUAUUCAUCAUUGCAAUUUUAGUGGGUGUGAAAGAUCUUUUGUGCUGUACUUUAAUUAUGUACAACAUGUCUUCUAUCAACACAAAGAACAUUAUGAGGCACUAAUUGGUGAACCUGUGCCAAGUGAUAUAAACAAGCUUCGUGAUGGCAGUGUACUUGGCGUAAAAGAAACUAGGUUGAGUUCAGGUGAAAAUACACAGACUUUGCAGUCAGAUAGAAAUAAACAGAUACAUAAGGCAUUUCUGCAGUCUUGGGAGUACAAACAAAAUCAUGACUCUCUUUUGAAACUAAGUGAAAUGAAAAACCUUGACUCUGUCUUUCAGUCAAGAAAAAAUAAGCAGAUGAAAGAACUGUUUUCACCAUCUCAUAGUCGACAAAAUUCAGAAUUAACUUUGCAGUUGGUAGAACGCAGCAGAAAGAAACCUCGCACUGAAGGAAGAAGGGGUGAUAAAGUCAAAAUAAGUGAGUUAAAGUUAAGAACUAGAGAGGACGCUCUUAAAAAGUGCGUUGAUAGGCCACAGAAAUUACUGUAUCCUUGUUUGUUUGAAGGCUGCCCCUCUGUGGUCACACUGGAAAGUAGUAUCUAUAGGCAUUAUAAACGCUCACAUCAGUUAAGGGCUUCAUUUCUGGAGAAGCAUGCUGAUACGCUCAUAAUGGUUGUGAGUAGAAAUGAUGAUCAGCUCAUUUAUGAACAGAGUGAUGCCCAGGAGUUGCCGGUAAUGCAUAGUUGUGUUACUCAGGAGGAGCAGGUAAUACACAGUAAUCUUACGCAGGAGGAACAUGUUACACAUGGCCAUGUUGCCAAGAAAGACUGGGUCACACAUGAUCAGGUUGCACAUAAGGUUACCCAGGAUGAGCGAGUUACCCAAGAGGAGCAGAUUAGACAUGAUCAAGUUACCCAAGACACACCAGCUACACACAGUCAGGUUACAGUGGAUGAGCAGAUUACAUAUAAUCAAUUUACCCAAAGUCAGACUACUGGAGAGGUACAAAACCUUGCCUGCUCACUUAUAAGCGAUGGCCAGCUCACAAAGUCCACAUCACUGAAUAAAGAGGAGGAGAAUGCACAACCAUCAUCUCCGUGUGGAAGCCAUGGUAAAAGUAGCACUGUUGAAGAGACUGGAAGUUGCAGCCAAGGACAUGCUUUACAUAGCCAUGGAAAUGAACCAUCAGACAUAAAAGAAUGCAGCUUCAUACAAGGAUCACUUAAUAGUCAAGAGCAAGUUGUACAGGAUAGAGAAGUUGAGAUGAUGCAAUAUGAAGCAAGGUCUCCUGUAAAAACAAAAUCUGAAACAGAACAAACUACUGAAAUGGAUCCCCCUCUUGUUCAAAGUUCAGCUUUAGAUGCUGAUGAAAGUAAGAGCUGUGCUGGUUCUCAGACCAAGGCCUUUGAUUUAAAGGAUUUCAGGCCAAUGGGAUUUGAGUCUUCCUUCCUCAAGUUCAUUCAAGAGUGUGAGGACAUCGAUGAUGAGGAUGAUUUGGAAGACAGCAUUCCUUGUGGAUCUCCUAAGCAGUGCUCGUAUGAUCAUAAUGAGCCAGUAGAUAUUACCUUUAAAGAAGAAAACAUAAUUGAAGACUCUGUGCAAGAAGCCAGUCAGUGUGCUGACAUGUCUGCUGAGGCUGGUCAGUGUGCUGGCAUAUCUGCUGAGGCUGGUCAGUGUGCUGGCAUGUCUGCUGAGGCUGGUCGGUGUGCUGGCAUGUCUGCUGAGGCUGGUCAGUGUGCUGGCAUGACUGCUGAGGCUGGUCGGUGUGCUGGCAUGACUGCUGAGGCUGGUCGGUGUGCUGGCAUGAUUGCUGAGGCUGGUCGGUGUGCUGGCAUGUCUGCUGAGGCCGGUCAGUGUGUUGGUGUUGGCAUGUCUGCUGAGGCCAGCCAGUGUGCUGGUGUUGGCAUGUCUGCUGAGGCCAGUCAGUGUGCUGGUGUUGGCAUGUCUGCUGAGGCCAGUCAGUGUGCUGGUGUUGGCAUGUCUGCUGAGGCCAGUCAGUGUGCUGGUGUUGGCAUGUCUGCUGAGGCCAGUCAGUGUGCUGGUGUUGGCAUGUCUGCUGAGGCCAGUCAGUGUGCUGGUGUUGGCAUGUCUGCUGAGGCCAGUCAGUGUGCUGGUGUUGGCAUGUCUGCUGAGGCCAGUCAGUGUGCUGGUGUUGGCAUGUCUGCUGAGGCCAGUCAGUGUGCUGGUGUUGGCAUGUCUGCUGAGGCCAGUCAGUGUGCUGGUGUUGGCAUGUCUGCUGAGGCCAGUCAGUGUGCUGGUGUUGGCAUGUCUGCUGAGGCCAGUCAGUGUGCUGGUGCUGGCAUGUCUGCUGAUAAAAAUGGGUUAUCAGAGAAUGCAUUCCCUCUUCAACCUUUAGUAGGAACUACUGAAUCUCCAGCAGUACUGUCCCUACAGAACUUAAGGACCAUAUUGGACAAGGCACUGACGGACUGUGGAGAUCUUGCCUUAAAGCAGUUACAUUACUUACGACCAGUAGUAGUUCUUGAGAGAUCAAAGUUUUCCAGCAGCCCUCUUGUAGACUUGUUUCCAACAAAAAAAAAUGAUGAACUUUGUGUGGGAAGCUCUUGAAAGUACUUAUUUUUCAGAAUAAAAUGGUGAGAUAAAUCCAGUGUUGAAUUUUGUUGCCAAAAUUAGAUAAGACUUUUAUACUGUAUGUGAAUAAACCCAAAAGUCCAUUUCUACUGAUUUCAUUCAGUGAGUUUAUGGUAUCUGUAGCAACAGUAUUGAAUAAAAUUUCUUACUCCA